AUGGGCGGCAAGAACCGACGUCGUGGAAAGAACGAGAACGAUAACGAGAAGCGUGAGCUCACUUUCAAAGAAGAGGGCCAAGAAUACGCUCAGGUCCUGAAGAUGCUUGGAAACGGACGACUCGAGGCCUACUGUUUCGAUGGCGCCAAACGCCUCGCUCAUAUUCGUGGCAAGCUGCGGAAGAAGGUCUGGAUCAACCAGGGAGAUAUCAUUCUGCUCUCUCUGCGUGAUUACCAGGACGAGAAGGGCGACGUCAUCCUCAAGUACUCAGCCGACGAGGCUCGUUCUUUGAAGGCGUACGGCGAGCUGCCAGAUAGCGCCAAGAUCAACGAGACGGAUACAUAUGGCGGUGAUGAGGAGGGAGGCAUCGGCUUUGAUUUCGGCGAGGAGAGCGACGACGAGAGCGGAUCCGACGUUGACGUGGACAACAUCUAA